AUGAAUACUCGUUCACAAAGAGGAUAUAAUGAUAACAAUGACAAUUAUCCAAAUUUCUACAAUAAUCAACGGAGAAAUGGUGGAAGAAAUAAUAGAUACUUAGUUGGACCACCAUAUGUUCCAUCAACUUAUCGAUCUCAACCUGAGCUUAAGUUUAAAGUAACCAAUGUUCCAUAUAGAGCAACAACCGCCGAGCUGAAAGAAUAUUUCAGCUCAUAUGGUAGUGUUCAUGAAUUGUAUAUUGACUUAGAUGAUAGUGAUGGAACAGAACGGCCAACUGGAAUUAUUUUUAUUACAUUUAGACCUCCUCCACGGCAACCAUUCUGGAAUAAUGCUGUUCGUUUUCAUGGUCGAGAAUUAAGAUUCGAAUAUAAACCAUAUAAUAAUAAAUUUUUAGAUUAUUCUGAUAGUGAAUAUAAGAUUAAAGAAGAUUGUAUUUACGCAGAAAGCGUUGAUAUGGGUACAUUUAUUCAGCCCAAAACCUUUGCCCCAGAGGCAAGGUUUACUGAAAAAAUAAAAUUUUCUCUCGAUUAUAAGUGGCGUAGUAUUACUAUUCAGUUCGGAUUUCAAAAAGAACAUAUUUUCAAGUUGGAAAUUCAGUUCAAUCAUAUCGAUGGUGAAGUUUUAGUUGAAUUUGAGGGCUCUAACCAUCAAUAUUCAAAAGCUCAUCUUACAGUUGCAAGCAAAUUUCCUGCGAAAUAUUGGAUCUUCAAACCUAAUGCUCAAUCUGGAAACCAAUUUAGUUGGAGACAUGAUGAGUGUUGGAUGAGAAAGACUGAAAUUCGUGUUGUUCCACGAAGUCGUGAGGAACAAACUUUGCCUUUACAACUCAAUAUGCCAAAUAGGAGUGAUCAAAUUAGUAGAUGGCUUGCAUUUAGAGUCACUUUUGAUUUUAAUGAUGUAAAUACAGAUUACAUAGAUUUUGAGCAGAUAUUGAGAAGAGCUUAUGGUUAUAAUCUUCUAUCAAACCCCGGUGACCCUAAUCUUCGCAUAAGGGUCUUACCAGCAGAAUCAGGUUCAAAAAUCACAGAUAGGUCUAUGCUACCUUUUGAUGUUCUUUAUGCGAUUGAAAGUAAUAUUUCCCAUAACUUUUUAAAUGAACAUAACCUUUCUGAAGAAUUCUACCGUAUUUUAGCACGUCAAUCCCCUAACGUUGCAAUUCAUAUAAUGAACAGAAUUUUCGCGCACAAAAAAAGAAUUUAUGAUCCACUUUCUUUUCUAAAACGUGAAAUUUCAAAUUUAAAUGAUAAUGUGAUUAAAACAGAUUGUGUACCUCAUUAUUGUGUGCUAAUGAGAAAAGUAGUGGUAACACCUACAACUAUGUACAUGUUACCACCUGUAAUGGAAACAUCAAAUAGAGUCAUUAGACAUUUCAAAAAUUACAAGAACAAUUUUUUACGUGUUCAAUUCACUGAUGAAGAUUCCGAAAAAGUUUCUUAUACAUCAGGAAGUACAAAUACAGCAAUCUACAAUCGAAUAUUUAGAGUACUUUUACAUGGAAUAAGAAUUGGUGAUCGUCAUUAUGAAUUUUUAGCAUUUUCUGCUAGCCAAUUAAGGGAUCAUUCAUGUUGGUUUUUCGCAUCAAUACCAAAUGAAAUAUCUGCCGAUAAGAUUCGGGAAUGGAUGGGCGAUUUUUCUAAUAUUAAAAAUGUUGCCAAAUAUGCUGCUCGAAUGGGUCAUUGUUUCUCUAGUACACGUGCUGUUUCAAAUUUACAAGUUGAUGAUAUUAGUGAAAUUCCUGAUAUUAUUAGGAAUGGUUACGUAUUUUCUGAUGGAAUAGGAAAGAUUUCACCAAAGUUAGCAAAAACUGUUGCCCAAGCAUUGGAAUUUAAACAUGUUCCAAGUGCUUUUCAGUUCCGAUUAGGAGGUUAUAAAGGUGUUUUAUGUCAAUCACGGUAUUUACGAAAUAAUCAAAUUCAAGUUAGACCUAGUCAAUGCAAAUUUGAAUCAAAACAUAAUAUAUUAGAAAUCAUUAGAGGGUCAAGAAUGAUUACCGCAUACCUUAAUCGACAAGCGAUUACGAUAUUGUCAACAUUAGGUGUGCCUGAUGAGGUAUUUAUUUCGAUGCAAAAUGAUCAAGUUGAGGAGUUGGAUAGGAUGCUUAAAAAUGAGGAGAUGGCUAUCCGUGUACUAAAUAGUAAUAUUGAUGAGCAUGAUGUUACACGUAUGAUGUCCGAUCUUGUAAAAGCCAAAUUUUUCCAAAGGAACGAUCCUUAUAUAGUAAACCUUAUUUCUUUAUUCCGAAUUACAAUGUUAAGGAGCUUAAAGAAGAAAGCUAAAAUUCGUAUUGAUGAUGGAGCCUUUUUGUUAGGUGUAUUGGACGAAACGGAAACUUUGAAGGAUGAUCAAAUUUAUUGUUGCAUCUCCGAUCCACGAAAUCCGGGGGCGAGAAGAGUAAUAACCGGAAAUUGUAUUGUAUUCCGUAAUCCUUGUUUUCAUCCUGGGGACGUUCGUGUCGUCAACGCUGUUAACUGUAAAAGCCUAGACUAUCUUGUCGAUGUGGUGGUUUUUCCAGCGACUGGAUAUCGUGAUAUUCCUAGCCAACUUAGUGGUGGUGAUUUAGAUGGCGAUGAUUUCACGAUAAUUCAUGAUCCAAGUUUAAUGCCUAAAAUUAAAAACGUUGAGCCAAUGGAUUAUAGAGCUCCUGAACCAAUUCUAGUUGAUAAUGUAACCAUUGAAGACAUUAAAAGAUUUUUUAUAAAUUAUAUAUUGUCAGAUAAUUUGGGCUUAAUUUCUAAUGCACACUUGGCUAAAGCUGAUUUGGCAGAAAAUGGAGCUUUUCAUGGUAAAUGUCUACGUUUGGCUCAGCUAAAUUGUGAAGCAGUAGAUUUUCCAAAGACUGGUAUUCCUGCUGAAUUUCCUAAUGAACUUAGAGCAAGAGAUGUACCUGAUUUUAUGGAAAAGUUUGAUAAAGCUACUUAUAGUUCAAAAAAAGUUCUUGGAAAAUUAUAUCGAUUGAUAAAAGUCUCUGAUUUCGAUCCUUACACAAAAAUUAUAUUCGAUGAGAGGUUAAUAGUUCCGGGAUUCGAAUUCUAUUUAGAAGGAGCAAGAAUUUAUAAAGAAGAAUAUGAUUCAGAAUUACGUAGUUUAAUGAAUCAAUACGGUUUAUUAUCUGAAUAUGAAGCCGUAAGUGGUUUCAUCAUUAGUACUACUCUUAUAGUUGGAAAGAAGAAACCACGUGAGACACAGAAUACUGUAGCGAACAUGGUAGCAGCGAUUAAAAGUCGUUAUAAAGAAAAAUUUGAACGAGAAUUUUAUGGAGAAGGAACAAAUGUAGUAUCACCUGAAGCAUAUAAUCUAAUGAAGGUUAAAGCCUCUGCGUGGUAUUACGUUACAUAUCAUCAUUCAGAGUUAAAAGAAGAUCCUGAAGAGAGGAUGAUAUCGUUCCCAUGGGUAAAUUAUGAGAUUUUGUGUGAAAUAGCAAUUAAAAACAAUUCUAAAAUGAAUACGAAUUUAAAUAAUCAAGAAGUAACAUCAUCAAAUCGUUCACCAGCUAUUUCUUCUUCAUCAUCUUUCAGAGAGCCUGUUCAAUAUCGACACGCUAUUGACUACCGAUCCCAUAUGUUAGAUGACUUGGAAAAUGAAGAUGAUGGGAUCGGUAGGCUUCAGCGCUUAGUUGCCCAACAAUCUCUUCAACAAACUGAUUCGUAUUAA